UCUGACGUCCUUACCCAACUCGAUUAGCGUUACAUGUCCAAAGAUGUCUGCUACAAGGUACCGUCGGUUCUUGAAACUAUGCGAGGAAUGGCCGCGGGACGAGUUCAAGAAAGGCCGUGAUUUAGGAACAUUUCUGCGGCAGAGAGUAGCUUUAGCCUUCCGUGAAGGUGAAAACACACAGAUCUCGGAUCCAGAAAGGUGUGACCAGAUGUAUGAAAGUUUGGCCCGCAUUAACAGCAACGUAUACAAACAGCGAUUUCCUCGUGUAAGAGACACAAGCUUUACUGGAGUAACUGUGGAAGAGUGUAAACUGCUUUUGUCAGGUAAUGUGCAACAGAUGGACGAUGAAAAAAAGGGCUUGUGGAAGACUCUAAUGGACAGAUUCUCCAAAUCACCUGAAGACGCUCCAGAGAAAGCUCCUGAAAAAUAAAUGUUUUCUUUCUUUUCUUUUCUCUUUGCAUGCGUAGAAAUAAAGUUUAUUGUUGGUAUCUUUA